AAGUGAGAGGGUAAAGGUCAUGGCCACUUGUCUAGGAACUCCCUUGUGUUGAGGCUGCAGUCUGCCGGACAGGAACUGGAUGGGAAUUCUUAAGAGAAAAUGUCUGUUUUGAAAACACAGCCAAUGUGUGAAUGGGGUGACUAAGGCAGGGGGAGGCGCCUGCAUGUUUGUGUGUAUAUACAUGUGUGUGUAUGUGUGUGUGAGAGAGAGAGUGUGAGAGAGACGGGGGUGCAAGAUGCAUCCGUGGCAACUUGGACACCCAGCAUCAGCCACCAUGUGUUGUUUCUCUCUGUGCGUGCACAUGUAGAUUCAUCUGGACCCACAUACACGUAGGAAGGCCGUCACACAAAGUGCCUUUGGAGGCCCAGACAUCACGUACACAUCCGAUGGAUAUUACACACACACUCAGCGAGACAGGCACUGGGAGUUUGCUCUCUGGAUGGUUGUAAUAAUAUUUGGGCAUCUUGCCAGGGCCAGGGUUACUAUGGAAACAACCAAACAGUGGAGUAGCCAGCGAGUCUGAAUCAUUUUUAAGGGGGAACCCUUGUAGAGAGGGUCUGGCCCUGGGGCUGCCCUCUGAGAGACAGGCACCCCUCCUUCCCGAAGCCAGAUUGCUGCUGCCCGGUUGCUGCGUGUCCACUGGCUCCCUGGGCUUGCCCGUUUCCCCUCCGUCUGCCCUGCAGACUUGCUGUCUCACCCACAUGUGGCCUUUGUGCGUCUCUCCAUCUCUUUCGGUCUCUGGCCAGCCUCUGUUGGCUGUUUGGGUCCUGGCCAAACUCAUCCUGGGGUCUCUAUAGAAACUGUUGAUCCUGGCUGCGAAUUUCUGGUCCUAGAAAACCCAAUGUGGUGGCUUUAGAAAUCUUUCUGGAAAGGAGAGGAGGGUGUGUGUUGUGAAGGCGUCUUUGGGGGUUUGGCCACCUUCCCGAGCCCCAUCCCUUGGACUUUUAGCUGGAAAAGAGGAAGGAGGGAGGGGCCUUCUGUAGGUGCGGGUUUGAUUUCUAGAUCAAGAAGUUAAGCAUCUCAGCCAAUCCAGAGUUCAGCUCUGACUGACCUGUCUGGACCCUGCCAAGGCCUGGCUGUGUGCUCGGGGCUGCUGCUCAGAGAACUUUCUUGCCCCGCUUUGGCAGGCAUCCCCGAGAGCCUGCGGUCUGUCACUGGACAGUCUGUGGAGAUGUGCCCACAUAGGGGAAUUCGUGGAUUUGCAUGAGACGGAGGUCCUGGGAUCCAGGGGGACUUGUGCAGUGUGCUGUCCACCCGGGAACGGUGGCCGCAUUCCUUUGGAAGGGGUGGUAGUGUUUGUUUUUUUUUUUCCCAGGCUCUCUGCCAUUACCUUCAGGGCCCAGGGCCGGGGUCAGGCUGGAGCUACAUGGUCCCCACUGUGGGCAUAUGAGCACCAGACCCAGGGCCAGGCUGGAUGCUGAGCUAGGAAGACAAGCGAUGAGGGUGACGCUCCCCAGGCCCCCUGUCCCCCACCCCGGCAUCAUGCACCGGACCACCCGGAUCAAAAUCACGGAGCUGAAUCCUCACCUCAUGUGUGCCCUCUGCGGGGGGUACUUCAUUGAUGCUACUACCAUCGUGGAGUGCUUGCAUUCCUUCUGCAAAACCUGCAUCGUGCGCUACCUGGAGACCAACAAGUACUGCCCCAUGUGUGACGUGCAGGUCCAUAAAACCAGACCGCUGCUGAGCAUCAGAUCUGACAAGACCCUCCAAGACAUCGUCUAUAAACUGGUCCCUGGGCUUUUUAAAGAUGAGAUGAAACGGCGGCGGGACUUCUACGCAGCGUACCCCCUGACUGAAGUCCCCAAUGGCUCCAAUGAGGACCGCGGCGAGGUCCUGGAGCAGGAGAAGGGGGCUCUGAGCGACAACGAGAUCGUCAGCCUCUCCAUCGAGUUCUACGAAGGUGUCAGGGACCGGGAGGAAAAGAAGGGUCCUCUGGAGAAUGGGGAUGGGGACAAGGAGAAGCAGACAGGGGUGCGAUUCCUGCAAUGCCCAGCAGCCAUGACUGUCAUGCAUCUCGCCAAGUUUCUUCGCAACAAGAUGGAUGUGCCCAGCAAGUACAAGGUGGAGGUUCUGUAUGAGGAUGAGCCACUGAAGGAAUACUACACCCUCAUGGAUAUCGCCUACAUCUAUCCCUGGCGGCGGAAUGGGCCUCUUCCCCUCAAGUAUCGGGUCCAGCCAGCCUGCAAGCGGCUCACCUUGCCUACAGCACCCACCCCCUCGGAGGGUACCAACACCAGCGGGGCAUCCGAGUGUGAGUCCGUCAGCGACAAGGCUCCCAGCCCUGCCACCCUGCCAGCCACCUCCUCCUCCCUGCCCAGCCCAGCCACCCCCUGCCAUGGCUCCCCCAGCUCCCAUGGGCCCCCGGCCACCCACCCUACCUCCCCCACUCCCCCUGCCACAGCCGGUGGGGCCACCGCAGCUGCGAACGGGGGUACCUCGAACUGCCUGCAGACACCAUCUUCCACCAGCAGGGGGCGCAAGAUGACUGUCAACGGAGCUCCUGUGCCCCCCUUAACUUGAGGAAAGAGACCCUCUCUGUCCUUCUCCAGCCAUGCCUCUCCAUCCUCCACUUUUUCUGGGCCCCCUUUCCACCUCUGACUUUCCCCAGCUCCUCCCGCCUUAGGGGUGGGGGGCGGGUUUUAUAAAUAAAUCUAUAUAUAUAUGUACAUAGGAAAAACCAAAUAUACAUACUUAUUUUCUAUGGACCAACCAGAUUAAUUUAAAUGCCACAGGAAACAAACUUUAUGUGUGUGUGUAUGUGUGGGGGGUGGAAUGUUCAUUUUUAGGGGGUCUUGUGUCAUUUGCCCUGCUCUCAUUUUGGGGGUGCCUGGAGGUGGGCUAGAGGGGCCACCUGAGGCUCAGUAAAGCUCUGCUCCAUCCUCCUCCUGUUCCCCAAGGCAGAUGGGGUGUUCAGGGAGCACUCCCAGUCCCCAGAGCUUUAGACAUAACUCCAGCUGGCUGCGUGUGGGGCCUCCCCUCUCUUCCCCCUGCCCCUGUCUUGGCUGCUGUCCUGCCUCCACUGAUGCCCCUACCCCCACCCCCCAUUGUUGAAUGUCCAGAGAAUCGCUAAGACAGUGCCUUUUACAAAUGCAGUUUAUCCCCUGGUUCUGAGGAGCGAGUGGGUGGUAGAGAUGGCAUCUCCCUUACCUCCUCCUCUUGCAGUGGAAACUUUGUGCAAAGAAUAGAUAGUUCUGCCUCCCCCCCCCCCCCCCCCCCCGGCCCCAUGUGUGUGGCCUUUGCAUCAUUUAUCUUGUGGAGGAGAAGAUUCAGGCCACGGGAGGCCUCAGCCCUUGAAAUUCCACUGUGGCUUUAGCAAUGUGAACCGCUUCACUGGGUCCUGCCCCUGCCCCCAGCUGGGAGCCCUGACUGGCAAGGCUAGCACUCCUGGGGGCCUGGGGUGCAGUGGAGAGGUGGAGGGGGGUUCAUCUCAGACAAGCACAGACCCCAGAUUGUGCCAAAGGCCAUCAGCCCUGCAGUCCCCUCCCUGCCCCCAGGUGAGGCUAAGUCAGGACAGACUAAAAGCACAAGAUGGAAACCUGUAAGCUCUGACCUUGGCUCCAUCCUGAGAGGUCAGUGGACUGCCCCCUGAAGGGCAGACCCCAGCAGAUCCCUGCACACUUGUUUUUCCUCCAAUGUACAUAGGAUCAGCUUGGGGAGGAGGUGAGGAGGCAAGACUCCCUUGGAACCUAGGUGUUUGGGGUCAGGACCCCGCCCCCCCCCAUCAGGUUUGUCUGUGUUUGCACCUUGUCUUGUGUCUGAGGUGACUGUACCCUCCUUCUGCCCUGGGACAUUUGUAUCUCCUGGCUUUGUAAUAAAUGCUGCAUACUCUCC